AGGCAUUGGAAUAUAGAGCGUAUGACCAUUAGGGCUGUCGGCACUAUCCUGGGAUGCAAUCGGCUCAUAGUCCCAUGCAAGCCGCACGCGAAGGUCAAGCUCAACAUGAAGCCGCAGGUUUUACUGGGCGAUACACAGCCGGGCUUCGUUUCGUGGAGAGCACUUGUGUCCUCCGGCCAUUGAUAGUUGCCGACCCCUUAGCAGGGGUUCUUGCCGGAGAGCGUGGCCUAGCACUUGCCCGGCAGGAGCUAGAGCAGCUCACUCUAUCCCAGGGCCCAGGACGGCACCUGCGUGUACCCGCGCGCAGCCGCUUGAUUGAUGACUGGCUGGAACGGGAGAUUGCAGCCUUGAAGUGCGGCCCUGCCACUGCCUGCCAGGUGGUAUCUCUGGGCGCUGGCAUGUGCACUCGGCCCUGGCGGCUUGCGGCGCUGUCGGGGUGCCACGUGUUUGAAGUUGACCUGCCACAUGUUGCCAGCACCAAGGCGAAGCUGCUGGCACUAGCAGGCGCACAAACAACCCAAAUCGAGCCGCUAGGUUCACCCCGACUGCCAUCACCGCAACAGCAGCCACAGCUGCAGCAGCCACAAGCAUCUCUGGAGCCGCUUGAGCCGCAGAAGCCGGUCUUUCCGCUCAUGGCGGCUACUUACGCCUGCGUGGGGGUCGACCUGGCUGCAUGCUGCAGUGGCGGUAACGGCAACCCCGACGGCGGCAGCGGCUGCGGUGGAGCUGACAGCGGCAGCGGCUGUGGUGAGACCAACCACAGCGAUGGAAGCAACGCCAGCAGCAAUAGCAGUAGCAGCCUGGCGGCGGCGCUGAUAGCCCAGGGUUUCGAUCCGGCCCUCCCCACAUUGUGGGUGCUGGAGGCGCUGCUGUACUACAUGCCGCUUGCGGCUGCAAGUGACCUGUUGGUGCAGUUGAUUGAGGUUUCGGAGCCGAGGAGCCGCCUGGUGGCCACCUGCGUGGACCGGGAGCUGCUGGAAGCCAGCAGACGAGGAGUGCCCAAGGGUCACGUGUUCGCGGAUCUCUGGCACUUUGAUGCGGGGGAGCUCUUGUACGGCACGGAGGCAUUUGCCGGGCAGCACUGGCAGGUGGACUGGCGGGAGACCGAGCGCAUGGAGGGCAGCCAGCAGCAAGGGCAAGAGGAACAGCAGGAGGGGCAGCAAGUGCAGCAGCAGGGGACGGUAGCAGGAGCAGGCGACUCCCAAGGUGACCAGCAGCAGCAGCGGCCAGCCAAGCGCCUGCCCCGAAGCACCCGGCAGCUAGCACUGGAGAGGCUGGGUGCGGACACGUACGUGGCGUUGUACGGCGGUAGUGAGCUGCUUUUCGUGGCGGGAGUACGACAAAAGCAGUAGUUUUGUACGGCUUUAGCGGCUGCAACUGUUGCUGCAAUGGCCUUUGUAUGAUGGGGUCGAUGGCAUUUGCUGGUUCCAUGCACUUCAUGUUACCAUUUAGAAACAGCUUCAGAUGAUCGUGGGUGAUUGGGGAUGGGAGCGGUCGCCCAUUAGGAAGAUAUCGGUGCUAGGGGCAGAGCCACGAACAUGUCGAACCGAGGCUCUUACCUUUUAAAGGUAAAAUUACAGGAAGUCUGUCUUUCAUAUGGCUCACCUCCUAGGAUCCCUGGGCAGACAAUUUCCCAGUGCUAUGCAGUAGCAAGGCUAGAAGCCACAUGUGUGUGAUGGCUUGCUGGCCAGCAGGGCUUCCAAAAGCAGCGGGUUGUUGGAUGGUAUGGUGUGUAAGGGUAUGGAUGGUGGCAUGCAAUGUCACAGAGAGGCUUAGACGACCGGUUCAGCCGUUAGGUACAUCGCCUUGGAUUAAGCAGAGUGAUUCGUAGUGUCAACACUGCCUGAUGGCCUUGCUCUGCAUUCAUGCAUUAGGAGAAAGCACGCUUUCCAGAGCAGGAUACAUACCGGUGUGUGCUGAGCCAGAGGCAAGUGUAUGUCGUGCAAUGGUGGGCUAGGAUGAUGUGUGCAACUUUUAAGCGCUGUGGCUGGCUGCGGUGUUGUUUCUGACAAAAGUUGCAGUAUGCCUGUCAUUGAUAUGGCGGUGGUGCCAGCGUGCAGACCGCAUAGUAAUGCAGCUAGAGAGGUGCAAGGCGCUACUUGUUGGUGAGAACUAGGUAGGAGUGCGGUACAUAUGUGCGAUAGCUUAUGCCUGCCGGCUUGCUUGCCGUCUGCAACAUCACGUCAGUUGACACUGUG